CUCACAUCUGGGGUGUAACCGGGGCAGAUGAGCCGUGGUGUUGUUUUAAAUCGAUAAGACAAGGCGCUUGUCCCUGGAUUGCUCCUCUUGAAUGCCAAAAAGCUGUGAACCGGGUGGUAUUUGAAUAGCAGUUUUGUAACUUCCGCGCUUAAAAAAAAAGGGGAGAGACGCUGCAAGUAGCAAACUUUUUUUUUUUUCUUCACGUUCUGAUGCUUUAAUUCUGCAGCGCUGUUCCGUGAUAACUCACAGGUCUGUGCGCCUCUUUCACUCUCUGUCGCAGGGCACUGAUUGUGGUGGUGCAGUAUUGAUCCUCAUCGCAGCCGGGACCCAGGGGAAGGGACAGGACAGCAUGCGGCUGGAGGAUGUCUGAGGCUGGCUGGGGCAGUUUUCCUACUACUCUGCUUUCUCCGAGCGUGGCCAGAGGAAUGAUUGCUGCGUGGAGUGCCUUCUUUUGCUUUUACCUGGUGGUGACUGUCAGCAGCCUCCCAGAACCCAGGCUGCCCAUUUCAGAAUUAGAGGACAGGAUCACUCGAAAACCGACAGAAGAUCUGGGGAGCGAGACUACCUUUCUGGAGGAACUGGUGUUUGGAAGUGGAGAUACCAUUGAACUUUCCUGUAACACCCAGGGCUCUUCUAUGUCAGUAUUCUGGUUCAAAGAUGGUAUUGGGAUUGCACCUAGCAACAGAACUCACAUUGGACAAAAACUGUUGAAGAUAAUUAAUGUGUCCUAUGAUGACUCUGGGCUGUACAGUUGUAAGCCACGACAUUCCAGUGAUGUUCUGGGUAACUUUACAGUUAGAGUAACAGAUUCUCCAUCAUCAGGUGAUGAUGAAGAUGAUGAUGAUGAGUCUGAAGACACAGGUGCUCCUUAUUGGACCCGUUCAGAGAGGAUGGAAAAGAAGCUGCUAGCUGUACCAGCUGCAAAUACCGUUCGCUUCCGUUGCCCUGCAGCAGGCAACCCCACCCCAUCCAUAUACUGGCUGAAAAAUGGCAAAGAAUUCAAGGGAGAGCAUCGAAUUGGGGGCAUCAAACUACGGCAUCAGCAGUGGAGCCUCGUGAUGGAGAGUGUGGUCCCAUCAGACCGAGGAAAUUACACAUGCGUUGUGGAGAACAAGUAUGGCAGCAUUAGGCACACUUACCAGCUAGAUGUAUUAGAAAGGUCACCCCACCGGCCUAUCCUCCAGGCAGGACUGCCUGCCAACCAGACGGUGGUGGUAGGGAGUGAUGUUGAAUUCCAUUGCAAAGUGUACAGUGAUGCCCAGCCUCACAUCCAGUGGCUGAAACAUGUGGAAGUCAACGGCAGUAAAUAUGGAUCCAAUGGGACUCCGUAUGUCACAGUGCUCAAGUCUUGGAUCAGUAAAAACGCUGAAGCCGAUGCUAACCUAAAUCUGUUCAAUGUGACAGAACAAGAUGAAGGAGAAUAUCUGUGUAGAGCCAACAAUUUCGUAGGCAUAGCCGAAAAACCAUUUUGGCUCCAUAUUCGCAAACCAAAACCAGAGCUGGUGGAAGUGGAUGAUUCUGGCUCCGUUUACGCUGGCAUCCUCAGCUAUGGAACUGGCUUCGUUCUCUUCAUCCUGGUGGUUGUGGUCGUGAUCAUCUGUAGGAUGAAAAUGCCCAGCAAAAAAGCCAUGAGCACGCCCACUGUACAGAAAGUCUCCAAAUUUCCUCUCAAGAGACAGCAGGUGUCAUUGGAGUCAAAUUCUUCCAUGAAUUCCAACACCCCGUUGGUCAGAAUCACCCGGCUCUCAUCCAGCGAUGGGCCAAUGCUAGCAAAUGUCUCGGAGCUUGAAUUACCUGCCGAUCCCAAGUGGGAAUUAGCGAGAUCUCGCCUGACUCUGGGGAAACCACUGGGUGAAGGUUGUUUUGGUCAAGUGGUGAUGGCAGAAGCGAUUGGGAUCGAUAAGGACAAGCCUAACAAGGCCAUCACUGUAGCUGUCAAGAUGUUAAAAGAUGAUGCUACUGACAAGGAUCUUUCUGACCUGGUGUCCGAAAUGGAAAUGAUGAAAAUGAUUGGGAAACACAAAAAUAUCAUUAACCUCCUAGGUGCCUGCACACAGGAUGGCCCACUCUACGUUCUGGUAGAAUAUGCGUCAAAAGGGAACUUGCGGGAAUAUCUCAGGGCUCGUCGGCCACCUGGCAUGGACUAUUCCUUCGACACUUGCAAGCUUCCAGAAGAGCAGUUAACAUUUAAAGAUUUAGUCUCGUGUGCCUAUCAGGUGGCCCGUGGCAUGGAGUAUUUAGCAUCUCAGAAAUGCAUUCAUCGAGACUUGGCAGCCAGGAACGUGUUAGUCACUGAAGACAAUGUGAUGAAAAUUGCUGAUUUUGGCCUUGCCAGAGAUGUUCACAACAUCGACUAUUACAAGAAAACAACCAACGGUCGGCUGCCUGUGAAAUGGAUGGCUCCAGAAGCAUUGUUUGACCGGGUCUAUACUCACCAGAGCGAUGUCUGGUCUUUUGGAGUGCUGCUAUGGGAGAUCUUUACUUUGGGUGGGUCUCCAUAUCCGGGAAUUCCAGUCGAGGAACUCUUCAAACUCUUGAAAGAAGGUCAUCGGAUGGACAAGCCAGCAAACUGCACUCAUGACCUGUAUAUGAUCAUGAGGGAGUGCUGGCAUGCAGUCCCAUCACAACGGCCAACCUUUAAGCAGCUAGUGGAAGACCUGGAUAGGAUACUUACUGUAACAUCAACUGACGAGUACCUUGACCUCUCAGUGCCAUUCGAGCAGUAUUCCCCUGCCUGCCAGGACACACACAGCACCUGCUCUUCUGGAGACGACUCAGUGUUUGCCCACGACCUUCUGCCAGAUGAGCCAUGUCUUCCCAAACACCAGCAGUAUAAUGGUGUCAUCAAGACAUGAUGGCUCCAAACCCACAGACGGACCCUGGGGGGUGGGAAAACUCAUGAAUGUAGGCUUGGGAGACACCAAGGACAAACCAUAGUGAAGGAUCUUGAAUGAAACUGCUUGGUAAUUCAGGAAGUUUUUUAUUGUUGAGCCGCAGAAGGGUUAUGGGGAUUGGGGUUAUUUUUUUCCUAUUUUGCUGUAUAAGAAGUCAAAAAGCACUGUUUGGCCUGAAGGAACUAAUCUCUUGCCAAGAUUUUUUUUUCCAAACAAAAAAAAAAUGUUAAAUCUAGAGGUGCUGACCUCUGGACCUCCGGUAAUGUAUUAUCGGGUGCCAGAGUUGCCAUUCUGUGCCUGCAAUACCAAGAGGAAAAAAAUCUUUCUGGGGGAGAAGUAUAAAGAAUGUAGAAAUUCUUUGCUUAUGCAAUCUGUACAUGAACCUUUUUGGUGAAGCUGAAAAGCCACAUUGCCUGCAGGGAUUAAUAUAUUUAUAUAAAUAGCUAUAUUUUUGUUGGUUGGGGGAUUUUUUCUAUAGUUGCACGAUCAUUACCCAGCUACUUACAAUUUUUUUUAAAGAUUCCUUUUUUGUUUUGUUUUUUUGACUAGUCAAAGUCUCAAAGGAAUGAUUGGUUUGGUGGCAAACAGAGAUCAUUACCCACUCUUGAAUUUGGGCUGGGAGUGACUGGUAUAUACAGAGGAGUUGUAACAUUCCAAGCAGAAGGGCAAUGCAAGAAGGUCAUUGUAACCUAUUCAUUUUUGGGUUCAUAAGGAGUAAAGCAUCAACGUGGCUGGUAUAGAGGUGCCACAUGCCUCUAGCGAAUCGCAGAAUUAGUUUCUGGUCUUGCAACCUCUUACACAUGAGAACACUCUUCAUCCAGAGCCCCACUGUCUUGUGGGGAGUGAGGGCGGCGCUUCUUGUGGAUGAAGUGUUUUAGUCAGUGUGCUGUAGGAUCAGGCCCUAAGAAUGUAAAAAUCACACUCUUGAGAUGGAGAUUUGAGUCCAAGAGAAGCAGCUAUUCAGUACUUUUUUCCUUUAAAAGCUAGCAAGUUGUCUUUAUUAACCCACAGUGACUUGGAGAGUGAAAUUACGGGUACCUGUAGGCAAGAGUCUUUAACUUAUAUCAAAAAGGUUUAUUCCAGAGAAUUGUGUACAUAUCUAUAAAUAUAUACUGUAUAUAUAUAUAUAUAAAAAAGAAUGUAUAAUACUAAUGCAACAUAAAGCAGUAUGAGAGGGGAAACCUCUCAAAAAAAAGAGCAUUGCAAUCUAGGAUAUUCUGAUCUGGGCAAAAGAUUUUGUGUUUUAUCUUCACAGUUUUGUUUUAAAAAUUGUAUCUUAACAUGUAUAUUUGUAAAUUUAUUUAUAGACAUUAACAUAUCUGUUCAUUGGUUGAAAUAGCAUAGCAUUACUGUAAACUUUAAAAUUUACUGAGUUUAAGGGUUUUUUUUAACUUAUUAAAUAUGGAGAAAAAUAUAUUAAUCAAGUUUUCUUUUAUGUUUAUGGAAAUAUUGAGAGAAUGUAUAGAUGUACAGUAUUUUAACAAAUUUACAUUUAAUGUUAUAAAUAUAUAUUCAUUUUUUAAAAAUUAGUUUAUCCUGGAUUGCAGUGAGCAAAGGUAAGUUUAUUUUGCAAUACAUCAUCAGUGGUUAAAUCCAAAUAAAUAAUAGAGUUUCAAAUCAUUUUUACGUAUUUGAAAAACUAAGGCCAAGAAUUCUUCCAUCAGUUUAACCACUGUUCAUUAAGAAGGUGUGGGUGUUUAUUUUUCUAUUUUUAAAUGAAGGUAUUAUUUGUGGUUGAUCUUAAAAACAAGUUAUGCAGCAAAGUUAAGUGUUGACUUUGAAUGAUGCACGUUAUUUAUUUUUUUUCCUCCUUGCCGGUAUCAUUGCAUUUUUGGAUUUAAGAAAUAACACACUGGCAAAACAGCAAGAAAAACUGCAUUCUUUAUAGGGGAAGUACAAGGAUUGUAUAUCACUUAAGUCUACGCAUGUUAAAAAUGCCAAUAAUGCCUAAUUUGCUAGACUUAACUUUGUAUGGUAUUUAUGGGCCUCUGUGCCAAAUUACUGUUUAAAAGCACACUAAAUAAACAGGGGAACUUUAGUAUGGACCAGAAAGGCAAAGGGAGGUAUUUUUAUGAGAAGAUUUUAACUCUUACUACCACAAAGAGGCAAAUAUAAUUACAUAUUGGGUUGUUUGGUUUAUUUUUCCCUGUGCAUCUCACGUUAGUAUUAUUUUUUUAGUACCACAAAUAUCUUCUCAUAAAAGGAAUAAUUUAUAGUUUGAGGUUAUGUCAUUUGAAGUUCUUGACAAAGUAGAUUUCUAUAGAUUUGGGAGUUUUUUAAAUUAAAGAAAUUUUGGUAUUUUCUUACAAAUGUCUGCUAAAUUGUACAUUCCAAGUACCUAAAUCAUUAGGUUUCCCAUAAAAAUGUACAAAUUUGUGCAUGAUUUCAAAUGUUAUUAGAUAUUAUAAAUAUAUAUAUAAUUUAUUGAGGUUUUUACAAGAUGUAUCUGUAGACUUGAUGACUUUAACAUUUCUUAUACAAUGCUUAUAUAGUUUUAUAGCUGGGACUGUUAUCUUUUAAAGCUUUUUUUAAAAAAAAAUUAAAAUUCCAAUUUUGUUACAUUUUGUACUGUUGUUACAAUCCACAGAUUUGCAUAGUGUGAAUUUGGGGAGGGGUGUGAGCAACUCUAUUCAGUUUACUAUUGUAUUUCUUUUCCUCACAAUCGCAACUGUCAAAGGUAUUAAAUGAACACACAGUAAACCAAUUCUGCUUUUAUUAACAUGGGAAAGAAAGGUACUUUUACACAAAAAUACAAAUAAGUUGUUGAAUCUGUUUUUUCCAGUUUUAAUGGGCCUGUUAAACAAUAAAGCCUCUGUUUUCAA